GGGAAAGGGUCCAGUCCCAGGAUUGGUCGCGCAGGCGCAGGGAAGGAUCCGUUUUGGCGGGCGGUUGGCGUUACGCAGAACGCGGCGGCAGCGGCGGCCUGUGGUCCGGCCUCACCACCGAGGAACAGGGGAGACGUUAGCGUGAGUGAUCGGUCUCGAUCCCGGGGAAGUUCUGGUGAUUUUCACUGCCCUUGACAGUACCUCUGGAAAAGAGAGAAAGGUAUCCAGGGUACAAAGGUUUCCAAGGAAGACUACUAUUUUUUGCUUUUAUCAAGAGGAUGGCUUUAGCUGAUCAUCGUACUAAUGGGAAGGAGUCCAGGUCAUCCUGAGAAGAGUUGGCUUGUGCAGAGUCCAGGACGCAGAUUUGUUGGAUUUCUGAACCCGGUGGCCUUAGUCCUUCAGGUGGAACAACGUGAGACAUGGGAAAGAAAACCAAGCGGACAGCUGACAGUUCUUCUUCAGAGGAUGAGGAGGAGUACGUCGUGGAGAAGGUGCUAGACAGGCGUGUGGUUAAGGGGCAAGUGGAGUAUCUACUGAAGUGGAAAGGCUUUUCCGAGGAGCACAAUACUUGGGAACCCGAGAAAAACUUGGAUUGCCCUGAGCUAAUUUCUGAGUUUAUGAAAAAGUAUAAGAAGAUGAAGGAGGGUGAAAAUAACAAACCCAGGGAGAAGUCAGAAGGUAACAAGAGGAAAUCCAAUUUCUCAAACAGUGCUGAUGAUAUCAAAUCCAAAAAAAAGAGAGAGCAGAGCAAUGAUAUCGCUCGGGGCUUUGAGAGAGGAUUGGAACCAGAAAAGAUCAUUGGGGCGACAGAUUCCUGUGGCGAUUUAAUGUUCCUAAUGAAAUGGAAAGACACAGAUGAAGCAGACCUGGUUCUUGCAAAAGAAGCUAAUGUUAAAUGUCCACAAAUUGUGAUAGCAUUUUAUGAAGAGAGACUGACGUGGCAUGCAUAUCCUGAGGAUGCGGAAAACAAAGAGAAAGAAACAGCAAAGAGCUAAAGGAGGGGGUGGUCUCUGCCAUUUCUCUUUGUACAUAAUACAUUCACCUCCCUGCCUCCUCUCCCUCUACCCACCCCCUUCUAUCCUAAACACAUCCAUAAAAAAUGUGCUUAUCACUGUGCUCCACAGGAGAAAUGUCGGUAUUGGUUCUCUUGUAACAUAACUGACGGUCUGAUUCAUGAUAGGUGUCUCUCUGUGAAGACCAGGCAUUUACAUACUGUGUGUAAUUCUCACCAGUUUUUCCUUUGCCCUGCUCUCUUCCUUCUGCUCCCCUGUGACCUCAAGAUGAGUUAUAACUUUUUAAUCACCUUAGAGUCUUGAUCUUUUCAGGGUUGGUCGCUUUUUAGUGGGGGAUUUUGCUAUAAUGAUGAUGAAUUUUGGUUUCUUUCUUUGGCUGUUGGAACAUGUUGAUGACCAGCUAGGCUUUGUUUUGAGAUGUUGGGUUGGAAAAGAUGUUGCCCAUCUUUUUAAAAAGCCAGUAGCAACUGCCUACGUGUUGGGGCUUCCCCAGCCUCAUUCAGCUGUACCCAGGAGAAUACAGGGUUCCUCGUGUGGUCUUCUGGGCCACCCUCUGUUGUUCAUCCUCACCCAUCCUCCCAGAAUAGCUCCAUCCUUUGGAGGGCUUGAAAUUUUACAUUCAGAUUUGUCAAGGCACUCCUUUUAGCCCCAGGACUUUUGGCCUUGUCUCUCAGCGAUCCCUGAUUCUGCUUCUGCAAGUUGGUGUAGGCUGUCAUAAAAUGACAAGAUUAUUGACUGUGGAGAUUUGUAGCUAUUAGUACAUGAGGAUGACGGGGUAGGAUACAAUUGUCUUUAUGAUCACAUAUGGUAUAUAUGUAUUAUUUCCUUCCAUCCCUCCCGUUUGGAUUAUCUAUUUAUGUAGGUGUGAGUGACUGCCUGGUGCUUGCUUGUGCCAAGGUGCUAGGCACCCUCCAGCCCUGCCAACUUUUGUGGCCUCCCAAAGCAUUCCUGUUACCAAAGAGGCUUCAAACCUGACCCUCACUUCUCAGUGGACCCAAGUUUCCCUCCAUGCCAUUAUUUUCAGUGGGGAAUUCUUAGAGGGGAGCCAUUGGCCACAGUAUCAAUUUUAAGUAUUCAUAGUGUUUAUAAUCAUAAAUGUCCUGCUUUGAUGACUCCUGGAUUUGCCACCAAGAGUCCCCAAAGUAUUAACGCUCUUCCCUUUCUCCACCCUCAAACUCUUAGUUGUAUCUUUGUUUUUUUUAAAAUGCAUUUCCAUGGAAGACUAUCAACCUCAGAGAGUGACAGGCCCCGGCAGUAGCAUGUUGACACGACCUUGUCCUACUCAGCAAAAUACUUCCCUUUUGGCUUCUUCCUGCUUUACCAUUAUAUUGAGAGAUUAUUUUUCUGAUUAUAUCCUCUGCCUUUGUUCCCCAAGAAACACCCUACUUCUCGUUACCUUUUUUUCUUGUAGUUGAAGGGGGCUAGAGAAUCAAGACUAAAAGUAAAGAAAUAGCAGGGUUUUGAGCAUCCUUGUCCCAGCCCAAAGCUGAGGAGAUAAGAAUAAAUGCUUGAAAUGGCCUUAACUCUAGAGUUCACCAGCCAUUGAGGUUUUUGUGGUUGCUUUUGAUUUUUAAAACAUACAUAGCUGUCUGGCCAGGAGCAUUCAACCAUUUCUAGAUUAUUCAGAGUAACGAGGGGAAUGGAGAGAUUGCUCCAGUCCACAGAUGAGCCGAAUAAUAUGCAAAUCAUAUACCCAUUCAUAGCAUUUGUUAACAUUGCUUCCCUGCUCAGCUGCUGAUUGAAUUCUGUGUGGUUGUAUAAAUUAUGUCAAAAAUUAUACUGCACGGUUGAGAAGACAGCUGUUGCUGCAGUGACAUGACAGACUGGAACAAUGAAGCUUUUGGUUUCAGCCAUCCAGGAAAAUCCUUCUGAAUGGUAAUGUGAUUGGGUGAGAACGCAUAACCCAUACCUCAGGUGGGUAGGGGUUUCAUCUCCAUCUUCCUUAACUCUGAAGGAAUUAAAGGCCUAGGUCAAGUGCUGGAUAGUUGACAGUUGUUAGUACUUAAUCUGAUGGGCAUCUGAAAGAAAGGAUAGUCAGAAAAGAGAUUUUUCAUACAAGUAACUAAGGAUAUCAAUUAGGGUAUACCAGAAUAGGACAGAAGUAGGCCAGAGCCACUGAGGAGGUAAUCCGGGUCUCUUAAGUUGGCAGGUGGAGAAAAUGACAGCUUAUCCAUGUAGCCAGAGUGUGUCUCCCAGGAGCAGUGGGUAUGUAAGCAAAGUACAGUGACCAUAUUUUUAGAGCCCAAAUCUAGCCUGUGGACAAAGAACACAACCGAAUUAUUUGGUACUAAGACUGGUCUUGAGAAACGUGGGACACAUAGUUGCCAGGGUUGUAGGUAAUACGUAAGGCAUUCAUCAAAAUCAGAUUUCUUUUAACAAAAACCCCCAGUAUCGUCUACUACUCAUCACCCCUUUAAUACUUCAGUCUUCGCUCCAUUCAUCUUUUUCUGUCCACAGUUUACUGAAUCAUGGUCUUGUACUGAGUGCUGCCCAAACAACUUGUUCUCUCCCUGCCUACCCACUGCUACUUCUGUAGGAACAGAGGGAGCCAGAGGCCAAUACUGAUCUCAGCCCUCAGCAGAAAGGAGACGGAUGCUUGCCUGUUCUUCUGGCAUUUGUUAGUGCUGAGUAGCUGUCCAGGCCCUUGGAGGAUUGCAGCCUCAAAGAGAAACCUGCUUUCAUGGGGCUUUCUCCUCUCAGAAGAGUCAGUGGCCCUGGGCUAAGCGCUCUUGAACAUCUAGGUCUCAGGUGCUCAAAGUAUAUUUUUCUUAUGUUAAGUCCUCUUUCAAAACAUCUUUCUAAUGCUGAAUUUUUUCUUGAAAUCAGCAUUCAAGGAUUUCUCUUUCCAGAGAAUGUAGCAGAGCUUUGACCAGCAGAGUCUACCAAGGUCAGCAUAGCUGCUUUUCUGAGCCCUGGGCUGGGCGGAUCCCCUCACAUUAAGAUCAGCUGUUAGAGAACGUCAGCCCUGAUGGAAGCACCCAUUUUUAACCUGGAGAGAGCCGUAUCAUUUUUCCUCCUGCAGUCCGGUUUUCAUCUGCUCAAGGGAGCAUUUGGACCUGUGGUGUUCCUUAAUGCUCGAAAGUCUAUGGUCCUCGGCUGGCCCCCAGCCGUAUAUCCGUACUACUUUUUUUUGUUGAAGAAAAGUUGGUCUUUUUCCUGUAGUUCCUGCAGUUUUAGAUUCUUCUUAACUCUUCGUACUUGUGCUGUAGCCUCCCUGCAAUCCAAUUUCCUUAUCUUUAGGCCAAAUCCUUUGGCCUCAGGGAAGGUGCCUGUGAUUUUCAUCUUGUGGUUUUGUCUGAUCUGUGUGUAGCCCAGCCUACCUAAGGUACAGUGAGGGAUCCGUGUUUGGGCUGGGGAGUGAUUGUUUUUGCCUUUAGGGUUCAAAUUUGAGGGCCUAAAAUAAGUUGGCAGUGACCUGAGAACUUCAGGAAGGGUUAUAUCAUUAGAUUUGAAAUGUGGAAAUGGUUUCUCACAAAUUAGGUCAAAGGAAAAGCUCAUUUUGCACCCAUGGCUCCAUCCCUUUGGUUUAGGUUUUUAGAGUGUUGAGAUCUGUACCUUUGUAAUUAGACCACCAAGCAAGCAUACCUGUGUCAGGUCAGAGAGAGGAAAGGUCUGGACCCAGUGUAUUUGUUUCAUUUUGGCUUUACCACUAAUCAUAAAAGUUUUCAAAAAUAGAGAUGUUACCAGCCUUGCCCCCAAGAGCACAUGCUUGGAAUUGCCUGCCCCCCAAUUAAUCAUGGUGGAUUUCUAUUGAGCCAUCCACAUUCCGGCCACCUUAGUUACAUCAACAUGCAUUUCAUUCAAUGGACGUUUUUUGGCCCUGGGGAUACCAAGUUCAAACAGAUGCAGUCCCUGACCGCAAAGAAUCUUCAUACAGGUGUGGGAUGAACUACUACCAGUUCAUUGUAGUAAAUGCUACAAAUGGGCACACAUUUUAUAUUUGAGGGCAGAGACAACUGACUGGUUGGUAUAGUUUGUGGCCCUAAAGUAGGAGGGUGACAACAGGUUCGUGUGUAGAAAAGACGUGAUCUUGGGUGAAUUGAACUAACUGGCCAUAGAUGGACCACAACAAAGGGUUGUUUUAUUCCAGAAAAUAAAGAUAACAGGUUUGGUUAGAAAUGCUACUACAAGAGAAAGGUGAGUGGAGGUUGAGAACCCCUGGCUUCAGUCCCUAUUUGAGGCUCUUUGCCAAAGUAUUUAAAGGUAGUUAAUCCUUGCUUGUGGAAGGUAUUAACUAUGUUGCAGAUCCAGUUACGUGUUGUUGCUGUAUUGUGGGUUCUGUAAAAUGUAUUCAUUAUGGAUACUUCAUCAGUGUUGCUCACACCUUUUUCAGUUUCUCAUCCCUUUUGAAGGAAUUAACAUGAGGCUGGCUUGAAGCCUAAAACAGGGACAUGCUUUCCAAUGACAGAAGAUUUGCCAAGAAGAAAAAAAAAGGCUUGGGGCACAUCUGGUAACACCUGGGCAUCUAUUCUGGGCAGUGUAGUUUUAUUUAACACCUCAAGAUGGGGAUUUCUAAGCAGAGACUUGUGGCACUUAUGUGGAAACCUCUCCCAGAAAUACACAUGACCCAGAGUUUCGGAUUUAAUCAGCCUAGGGAGGUCCAGGGUGAGGCCUGUGAAGAAACAGUCUGGCCUUAAGAAAUGUCCUAGUUCUGACCAUGUGAUCACAGGAAAAAUGCUACUUUGCCUGCAUAAUUGAGAGUUGGAUAAUUGAAAGUUGACCCAAGUGUGAAGGUUCCUUGGAUAGCUUCAUAAAAAUUCUAGUUUCUUUUUGCUUGCGCUGGAUUUCUUGGAUUUUAAACUACCUCAUCUCGUCUUUUUAGAGUUACUUCAGGCUUGUCGUUGCCACUUUAACAUCAUGCUUGACUGUGGUGGUUUUCUAAGAUGGAAUGUUUCCUAUUCGUUGAGAGCGUGUUUUCUUGCUUUUUAUCCUGGUCCUCAUUUCACCUAACAUCAUCACAUGUUGCUCCUCUGUCAGAGAAAUAUUUUAAGAUAGUUUAAAAUCUUGGUUCAUGGGAAGAAAGAGACCCUCCAAUGCUAUAUUUGUCUCUGAGGUCAGUGAGAGAAGGAGUUAAAACAAGGUGGUGGGGGAAGGGACAGAACCUGCACUGGAGGCAGCCGACAGGGGAAGAACCAUUAAUUAAAACAAUUUCAAAGUCAACUGAUUGUGAUCAUUAAUGUCACAAUAGAUCAAAACCUAAUUAUCACUGCCUAGGUAAGAGCCAUCAGUAUUAAUCAGAAAAUCUAAUAGGAAACUAUUAUCAAGAAAUUAGGCCAAAUUGAAUGCAAUGAAGUUCUUGCCAUUCUCUCUCCUCUCCUUUUUUUCUUUUUUCUUUUUUUUUUUAAUUUGGCGAUGUCCCCUGGCAUUGGCAGGUGUGACCCUCACAGUUGACCCAGGCCCCAGUGGCCAGUUUGUCAUGAUUUCUGAGAAAUUCCAACACAGACUGAACCUGAACUGUCACUGCUGCUUUAAUCAGUCUUGAACUUUCUCAUCACCUGGUCUCACCCAAUGUGAUCAGCCAUCAAUGAAAAAAGGUUUAUAUUUAGGUCUUGGAACGGUUGGUCCUUCCUGGAACUAGAGCAUCCCUGGUGAACAUUAUACUGUGUGUGUUGAUUAAUCAUUCUUCGAGCUCCUGAGGUACGUAGGGUCCUGUUGCUCUGGCUACUGCAAGUAGGUAUGGAGGAAAGGAGGGGCUUCCUGCCUGGAGAUCCUUCCAGAAGACCUUAGAAGAUAGAGUUUCAUCAUGUCACGGCCCUUUUAAGGCUCGAGUCACUGUUUUGCAGUUUCCAGGAGCUUUAGGAUUUGAUUCUAAACCAGGACUGUCUGUGGUUUUAAGUUUUUUUCCCCUUCGUUUUAGGGUAAGGGUCAUAGUGAUUUCUCCCAGAAUCCAGUGUAAAUCCAAAGGAGGGGGGAACAUGUUUUUUCUUUUGCCUUUCUUUUGUUAAAGAUUUAUGCCUCUGGCAGGAGGUAAGAAUAUGACAAGUGUCUUCUGACUAGUUAUAGAGAUCACUUUAUACCCUCUCCCUGAAUGGAAGAAUAAGUGUCACCAUCUAUAUUCUUAACUGUUUUUGAAGAUACUGCAAUUCCUGAGGUUGAGCUGAGGCAGAAAGAUUGGAAAGAUGCUGGCCCUGGGUAUUGUGGGGAGGGAUGAGUAGCAGCAGGGGGUGUUUGGUGGUGCUAGGGUUCCUAGCUUAGCCUGUAGAGAAUGUUGCUGCUGCCACCGCAGUGGCUGGCCUUUCCCCACCAACCUUGGAGCUCAGAGCACUACCCAGACCACCUCUGAGGAAGUUGUUCUUAGCUUUCUGCUUGAGUGUGGUCUUGCUUCACUCUGAAUUUUAGGAAUUUGGGUUACUCGGUAUAGAACUUUGAGAAAUUGGUGUGACUUAGUCCUUCACCUCUUAAAGUAAAGUGAGUAUUUCUUUACAAAAGAAUUCAUGCCCUGGGCUUCCCUGGUGGCGCAGUGGUUGGGAGUCUGCCUGCCGAUUCAGGGGACGCAGGUUCGUGCCCCGGCCCGGGAGGAUCCCACAUGCCGCAGAGCGGCUGGGCCCGUGAGCCAUGGCUGCUGAGCCUGCGCGUCUGGAGCCUGUGCUCUGCGACGGGAGGGGCCGCAGCAGUGAGAGGCCCGCGUACCACCAAAAAAAAAAAAAAAAAAGAAUUCAUGCCCUUAAUGUUUAAACUGUAAUUUUAUUUUCAAGACACCCAUUAACACAUGACUUUCAGAAGCAACUUCUUUCUUCAAGGUUCCUUGCGUUGUGCUAGAUAAAUAAUGGGCCAUCAGUUAAUACUUGUGGGUUGAUUGAGUUCAUCUGGUUUGCAGGGUGAGGUGUGCUACUGGCUUCCUUUUGCUCCCAAGUGCACUCUUAAGAUGUAAAAUGCUCCGGGGAUGGACAAGAAUUGAGUGGAUGCUGACUAUGGUGCCAACCUCCUCAACUGAUUCAUAAUGGCUGACCUUGGGCAAGUCACUCCUUUCAAUGCCUCAGUUCCCCAUCUGUCAAAUGGGGAUAAUAAUACUGACCUACCUCACAGGGGUGUUGUGAGGCAUUGUAAAUCAAAGUUGCUAGAAUACUUUAGGGUCCUCGACGGAGGAUGCCCUGAGCCGAGGUCUAGGCCUGCCAUAGGCUUUUGUCCUCACUGAGCUGUCCCAAGGUUGGAACUACUUAGUGACCUUGGCAAAUUCUCUGCCCCCCACCCCUCAUCAAAGCUGCUAGUUCAGAUGUUGACAGUGUUUCCAUGAAUGUUGAAGUCCUAAUAGUGCAGACUUAGGAUGUUACGGGGGAAAGCACUUAGUCUAUUUUAUGUCUUGCAUCCACAAAGAGAGGCUGUUUGAGACCCAAGAGCAUUGGAUUAGGGAAUCAGGGAUGCUGCUGCUGCUUUCUCUGCUGGUUGGGAAUUAAGGUCCCAUACCCCAUGGGCUUGGGACAGACUUGGGUUGUCUCGGGAGCAGAGCACACACAGUGGGUUUGAUUUAUAUCUUGGCUUGCUGCUCCCUGAACCGAUCCCAGGACGGCUGGGUCACUUCACCCCUUCGUGGUAUCUGUACCCGAGCCUUUGCCUCCCCAUAGGAACCAGCUGGUUCAGUAAGCAUAACCACUUCUUCCAUCCCCCACCAAAAAAGAGCCACAUCUUGGAAAAUUUUUUUCUAGAGAUAAGCUUAACACUCAGAAUCGGGCAGUGAUGCUCCUGAAAGCUUCAUCCAGUUCACUGUAUUCAGCAUCUGUCAUCUCUUUCUCGGUGUCCACUGUCUGAACCUGACUUUGACCUUUCUUCCCUCUGGUUUGGGAAAGCUUUGGACACUUUGUUAUUUGCCCAGGUGUGGGCCCAAGAGCCUUGCUCUCCGUCUCAGUUCAGGGGCUCGGCUGGCUCCUCUCCCCAACAGGGCUCUUUCUCCUUUCCCUCUCCUUGGCCCUAGAUGUGUAACCCCUGAAAAAGCACAAGGUCCUGGCCCCUUGCUGUGGUCACAUUCUGGUUCUCAUUGUUUAGUGGACUCUGCUCCUCUGUUGACUGCACUGGCGGCACCAGGCGGUUCUGUGGAGUCCUGGAGGAUGGAGAGAGCACGGUCUGCCAUCCUGCCAAGUAGCCAGGAGUUGAUUUGCCCACGGCCACAGGCCUUCUCACCCCUUCCCACAGGAUGGGAUCUGAGAGAUUCCAGAGGCUGGGUUUCUUUCAGCACUCGGUGCCAUCCUGAGUAGCAAAACAGAUCACACUUUGUAGCCAGAUUUCUGAAUGGAAAAAUGGGAAAUUGAAUUCUCUAUGGACCUUUUUGGUUUGUGGGGGAGUUUUGGUUGUGUUUCUGGGUUUUAUUUCAGCCAAACAUGUCUGCUUUUGAUUUUUUUUUUUAGGAUAAGUGAUAUAUAUAUAUAUAUAUGUUCGCCUUUUAAAUGUAAAUGUUUAAAAGUAGGCAAUUUAUGUGUUUCCACAACUGACAUCUGAUGCAGACCUCAUUCUCUCCCCCUCUUCCACUCUCCUCUUUUCCCUCUUUUCAUACUCUUGUAUUGGUUCUAAUAAAUGGUUGCUUUUCAAAUACGGA